AUGAAAAUAAUUAUAAUUGGUGAAUAUUUUGAAUAAUCCUAGAAAAUGUAAUACAUUUUAGACAAUAUUGAAAAUUGUGAAAUACAUUUUACUAAUAUGGAAAAGGAUUUAUUAUAUUAAAUUGAAACAAUUUAAAAAAGUUAGAGAAGUAGCAUAACGAACAUAAUAUAUGAAAUUAAGAAAUCAAAUAACUAAUUAUAAGAUACUGUUAUAUCUCAACUUAAAAAAGCUAGAAGAUUUUAUCAGUUCAUAUUUUUAAUAAGCAAUGAUCAAAUUUAAGAAGAAGCCAAUAAAAUUAAGAAUUAGAUAAAUAGAUAUGUAAAUGUUUAAAUAUACAAUCUUGUUGAUUAUUUCAAACAAAAUUAUGGUUAUGAUAAAAAUAUAGACUUGAAUGGUAAGCAAAUUGCAUUAUUUAUCAGUAAAGAAUAGGAUAUUAAAAAUUUAAUAUUUAAUACUGUUAAAUCCCCUGCUAUAUUACAAAACAAAUGGGCUUUAAUGAAUACUCCAUAAUUUAAUAUGAAUUAAGAUGUUGAAGAAAGAAAUGAAAUGAUUAGCGAAUUUUAGUAAAUUUUUAAAAAAUACUAAUACCAAAUAUCUAUUUUGUUUAUAAUUGUAGAUUUAGAAAGAAAUGAUAUAGUAAAACAAAAUUUUAUGGAUUUAUUUACUUAAUUACAAAAAUUUAACUAAAAAAUUAUAGUGUUAUUAUAUAAUCGUUUUGAUGAAAAGUUUGAAAACAAUCCAACCCUAAAUAAUUUUUUUUUUAAUUUAGCUAAAGUUAGAAAAGUUUAUUCACUUUCAAACAAUUAACUUUAAAGUUAAGAAUAAAUUAAUGAAUAUUUUAAUAAGAUUUUGGAAGAACAACAAGAGGAUCUAGAAAUAGGUAUUGAUAUGAAAGACACUCUUUUUGAAAUAAGAGAUGAAAGAUAAUCUGAGAUUGAUAGAUAAUCUUUUGAAUAAGAUUUCUAUAAAAAUAAGGUAAAACAACUAAAAUAAGGUAUUUAUUAAGAUGAAUAAUAAAUUAAUUUGUACCAAGAAAAGAUUGCAGAGCUUCAAAGAUCAAGAAAAGACAAAUUAAAUUAAAUAAGAGAGUUAGAUAGAGAAAUAUAAUAACAGUAAAAGUGUAUUGAUAGCAUUUAAAAGGAUACUUCCAUCUAAUCACAAAAUUCAAGGGAAUUCAAACCUCCAUAACAACAAGGUUCUUAAAUAAAAAAUUAGAAUUAAAUGAUAAUUGAUAAUAAAAGUUCUUAAAUGAUAUAAUUAGAAAUUUAAAACCUCUAAAGAGAGAAUAUAUAGUUAAAUGAGUAAUUAUAGGAAUAUUUAAGCAAAUAAGAGAAUAUACAUAAAAGUAAAAAUGGAAGGAAAUCGCAAGAUUAAGAAAGAUAAUUAACAUAAUAAAUAGAAGACUUAUUGAAGAAAAUAGAAGAAAAUGAUUGUAAGACUAAGGAAUACAACAAUUAAUUAGAAUAGCUAUAAUAGGAUUUUAAGAAAGAUAAUUAGAAAUUUGAAUAACCCAAUAAUGGAUACAAUCGACAUAAUAAUUAUCCAAAUUAGAUAUCUAAGGUUUUCUAGUAUAAUAAUAGAUCUGGAUGGAGUUGA